AUGCAGGAGACAAACGAGUGCUUUCUGCGUGACUCGGCGUCAACUUUGACGUUUGAGACGCAGCUGAACCAACUACUGAGCGUCAGCUUACCGUAUGCAAAGACGAUUGUUUGCCUCGAGUCCGCGCAAUGCACACUCGCUGACGUAUUCUUGUACUGGUGCGGAAUUGCUUCGGAUUUGAAGACUGUCCUCAGCCAGAGAGCAUCGGGGAUCCCCGACAGCGUGAAGAGCGAGGUACGCGCGAUCUUCAAUACUCGAUGGUCGGAGAUGUUCGAGGACGGACCCACCGAUGUGCAUCUCGCCGCGGUAUACCUAGAUCCUGUGUACCUCAAGUCCGACCUCUUCAAAGAGCCCGUUAGCGAUCCUCCGGCGAAAUCUGAUCCAGGAGCCCGUAUCAAGCAUCUACGCAUCUUCAAACGUGUAGGGAAGUACCUUGUAGUGCUGCUUGGUGCCGAAGUUGAACACGGUGAUCAUCCGCUACUGCAUGUACCUGAAGAAGAGAAGCGGGCUGUCAAGAAGCGUUUUUUCAGUCAACUCAUGGCAUACGCACAGGACGACCAUCCAUUCUCAGCCCCGCACAAACAGGGCCAAACUGUUCUUGAGUGGUGGGAGGCGCACCGAGAGUCUCCACACGCCGAUAUCCUUGCAGCCCUCGCCAUCAAGAUCUACUCAGUUAUGACAAACUCGAUGCCAGACGAACGUACCGCGUCGAUCUUCACUCGGCUCAACAGUCCUGUGCGCAACCGCAUGUCGAUGCAGGCAAUGGUUUCGCAGGCCCAGAUACAGCAGUUCUAUCAUACACAGAAGGUAUUGGACAGUCAUUGCAGUGAAUAUCCGGAGUACUAUGCUUACCGUAGAGCCUUCUGUAGCCACGCGCCACAGUUUCUCCUGUCUCAGCGAAGAGAUUCUACGAGCUGA